GAAGCCAUAAACUUUAGCCAACAACAAACUUUCUAUCGAUUUCCACAAGCUGUCAAGAUCAUUUUCUAGGAUUACAGUGUUCCCCACAUAGACCACGUAGUGAUGAUAAUCACCACAUGGAACACGCACAAAAAAUAUAACAACGCAAGUUAGUAGUUGUUUAUGCUGAGAGUCGCUGAGAAAUCUAAUUUUUACUAUUUUUGGGCUACCUGUGAUCUCUUAUGCAAUAUGACAAGGAACGCCUGCUUAAUUUUGCUAGCUGAUCAACUAAUGUUAAAAUGCCCGAAGGACCAGAGCUAAAUAAAGCAGCACGAUUCGUCAACGAUGUCUGCAAAGGCAGGGUGUUUAAUGGGAAGAUCGUAAAGUCUGCAGUUAAUCACAAAAACCCAGAGAUAAAACAUGGCUUCAAAGACUACACUAUACAAGCAGAGUCUAGAGGAAAGGAAAUGGCUCUUUUAUUGUCAUCUUUGCAAUCCGAAGAAAAGGAAAAUGUCAAGAAGAAGGUCCAAGAAGUUAAAAAAUUGCGAAUUUUGUUUCGAUUUGGUAUGAGCGGGAAAUUUGAGUUUAAAAAGCCAUCAGAGAAACACAAGCACRCUCAUUUGAGUUUCUUUACCAAAGAAAAACCAGUCAUGGUAUUGAGCUUUGUUGAUGUUAGAAGGUUUGGUCGAUGGGAGAUAAAUGAUAAUUGGUCACCAAGCCGUGGUCCUGAUCCUGUAUUAGAAUAUGCUGCAUUCAGAGAAAAUAUUUUAAACMAUCUGGAAAAUAAUGACUUUAAAAAACCAUUGUGUGAAGUGAUGCACAACCAAAAAUAUUUUAAUGGCAUUGGUAACUAUUUACGUGCUGAAAUUAUAUAUAGAACAGGGAUACCUCCAUUCUCUCUUGCUAGAGAUGUAUUUACCAAUGUAAAAGUUAAGAAAGAAUUCCAAGAAACAAAGUUAUCCAGCAAUGCAGAUAUUCUACAACUUUGUAACAUAGUUCCAAAUGAAGUUCUACAAUUGCCAGGAGCAGGMUAUGAUCCAUCAGGAGAGCACUCAGACUACUCUGCUUUUAUCAAAUGGUUGCAAUGUUACAGUAAUCCUGAUAUGAACAACUUAGUGGACCAUGAUGGACGAACUAUGUGGUUUAAGGGCCCAGCUGGUCCCCUUGCACCUAAAGGUGGGAAAUCGAGGUCAACUAAACCUUACCGAGGGAAGCGUUCCCAACAAGACACGCAGCAUGGGGUCAAAAUGGAGGAGGUUGUCCAUCCUAAAAGACGUAAAGUCACUAGUCAGCGUUCAAAUGAAAAUAAGGGGGAAAAGAAGAUGAAGAAGCAAGUUACCACAAARUCAAAGAAAAAUCAUUCAAGAAAAAGGAAACCUGCGCGAAAGGUAUCCGUUACUAACGUGAAGACUAAGCAGGUAGCAYCGCAACGCAAAACCAAGAAAACAAGUAAACAAGAAACGUCAAAGGAAGGCUCGAGAAGAUCUUCUAGAAUUGUCAAAAAGAAAGAAAAUGUUUCUYGAUAGGCUGAAAAAAAACUUAGGUCCUUCCAUCUCUAGAUCUACUUUAAUAGUCGAUAAUCAUUGUGUACUAUCAAUUUUGUGUGUGUGUUUUUUUACCAAUAAUAAAAUGAAAACUGUUA